CUGUUUAGUGGGAGGUCACUUGAGCAGCUGCUCUGAUGUUGCGUUUAUCAUUCGGAAGUGAGACGCCUGGAUUUUCUCUUACAUAAGCGACGCCACAACAUUCCUGAGCUUUGGAGAAAGCUCACUGUCUCGCACAAGAUCCAGGUUCAAAGAGAAGCAGAGCUGUUCCCUCUGAAGACCUAAUUCCCGUGAGGAGAAUGAUAAAGCAAGCAUUGAUUGGGAUUCUGUGCGGUGCUGUCGCACUGACCGUUGGGAUCCUGAUCGGCCACUACGGCAUCACCAAGAGCAACGGCUCUUGGGCGAAGGACGUGGCCAAGGACGUGGACGAGAGCCUCGUUGAGAAGUUUUUGUCUGAGGUGGACAGCAGCCACAUUCGGGAAAACCUCCGGGAGCUGACCAAAGUGCCCCACAUGGCCACCACAGCUGGAGACGAGCAGACAGUGCAGCUCAUGCUGAAGAGAUGGCAGGACCCCGACGCGGGUCUGGACCAGGCCUGGAGAGAGGAGUACCUCGUCUACCUGUCUUUCCCUGACCCCAAGAAGCCCAACAAGGUCACUGUUGUGAGCCCCGCUGAUGCUGUGCUGUACACCGCCAGGGAAAAAGAGAAAGUCUACACUCCGGACCAAGAUGACGCCGAGGUGGUGCAGCCGUACGCCGCUUACUCCCCUGCUGGACAGCCCAAGGGAAAACUGGUGUACGCCAACCAGGGCAAACCAAGUGACUACAAGCUGUUGAGUGAAACUGUGGACUUGAGAGGAACUAUCGCAAUCACCAGAUAUGGCGGAGCGGGAAGAGCUGAUAAAGCCAUCAAUGCGGCACCCUACGGAGUCAGCGGCGUGCUCGUCUACACGGACCCGUUGGACAUCAACGAUGGUCUCAUGUCGGACGCCAGUGAGACGUAUCCUCACUCCUGGUACAUGCCGCCAUCUGGCGUGGAGAGAGGUUCUUUCAACACUCACUAUGGAGACAUGCUCACUCCCUACCUGGCUGCCAAAGAGGAAACCUACAGGAUUCCAGCCGAGAGCAUCACUGGGAUUCCUCCCAUUCCAAUCCAACCCAUCGGGUUCGAGGAUGCCUACAAGCUUAUCUGUGAGCUAGGUGGAAGAGCAGCUCCAGAUGCAUGGCGGGGAGGAUUCAACUGCACCUACAACUUUGGCGGCCCAGGAUUCAAAUCAACAUCUGCCUUUAACGAAAGUGACGUGAAACUGGCAAUCUUCAACACGGAAGUGGUAAAGAACUCCUCCAAUGUGAUGGGAGUGAUCCGAGGGAGUGUGGAGCCAGACAGGUAUGUGAUCUAUGGGAACCACAGGGACAGCUGGGUUCACGGUGCCAUCGACCCGAGCAGCGGGACCUCCGUCAUGCUGGAACUGACCAGAGUGCUGGGCAGGAUGGUGAAGCAGGGCACUUGGAGGCCUCGCAGGUCCAUCAUCUUUGGAAGCUGGGGGGCAGAGGAGUUUGGCCUUAUCGGGUCUGCAGAAUACACCGAGCAAUACUUCACCAAGCUGAGCGAGCGAACUGUUGCUUACAUCAAUGUGGAUAUAGCUGUUUUUGCCAACGCCACUCUCAGGGCUUCUGGGAUGCCUUCCCUUCAGAACGUCAUCUUCAAAGCCACAAAACAGGUCGAUGCGCCUGGACUGGGCGCCACAUCUGUGUACGACAACUGGAUUCGAUAUGCCAACAGGACGAGCUCGGCCCAUGGGCCCAUUCCCAGGGUGGGAUACUUGACAGGAGCAGGGAGUGACUACGCCGCCUUCGUCCAUUACCUGGGAAUCGCUUCGAUGGACAUUUCGUACACAUACGACAGGAGUAAAACAAAUGCUCGGAUAUACCCGGCGUACCACACAGCGUACGACACCUUUGACUACGCUUCGAAGUUCAUUGAUCCCGGGUUCAUCAGUCACCAGGCCAUUGCUAGGACAGCAGGAAACGUUCUGAUCCGACUGGCUGACAGCCUGGUGCUGCCAUUGAACUGUAGCGACUACGCAGAGAGUCUGGAGGACUACCUCAACACAGCAGUCCCCCUGUAUCAGUCCAAACUGCAAGCUCAGGGAAUCUCCAUGGAACCACUGAAACGCGCCGUGGCCAGCUUUCGCAGCGCCGCUACUCAUUUGGACCAGGUCAUUCGCAGUUCCGACCUGGCAAAUGAAACGCCGCUGAAGGUCAGAAGGAUCAACGACCAGCUCAUGCUGCUGGACCGAGCCUUCUUGGACCCUCUGGCCUUCCCAGAUAAAUAUGCAUACAGGCAUGUUAUCUGGGCCUCGAGUAGCGCCGGUAAGCCAACCUUUCCGGGUCUGGCUGAUGCCUUUGCCAACGCCGAGUUAACAGUCGGCUCCUGGGCCAGAGUGCACUACCACCUGUCGGUCCUGAGCCAGGCCAUCGAGGGCGCAGCACACACACUGGCUGAUGUCAUAUAGAGGAAGAGGAACUGUGCUCGCCAUGGGAAUAAAGAAAAGAAGACACAGACCUACAGCCAAUAAGCACUGACUGGGUGUCGUCUAUGUUUGUCACAGGAUUUCAACAUUUGAUAAUGAUCUUUUUUUAUUGGUCACUUAUAUAAUAAAAUAAUAUAUAUAUAUAUAUAUAUAUAAAAUAUCCACCUCAAUAAAAACACACCAGUAUAUUAUUUAGU